AUAUAGAUGUUUUUUUUAACAUAUAUUGGAGGAACAUGCUGGAGGAGAGAGUGAUUAAAGUGGACCACAGCAGUCAACGAGCAGAAGAUGAGACUGAUCUCUCGGUUUCCUGCCCCGAACCUCAGAAGGCCUUUGGCAGCUCUUGCUAUGAGUUUGUCAGUCACCAGCGCUCUUUCUCCAGUGCUCAAGCCUGGUGUGAGGAGCGUGGAGGACACCUUGCUUUUAUCCCAGAUGAGGACACUCAGUAUUUCCUUCAGCGACACCUGGAUCCUGAGACGGACACAUGGCUGGGAGUUGCUUCUCCAAACCUGCAAAGCUCUGCAGCUGUUGCUGGUGAUCUCUGUUGGCUGGAUGGUUCACACAUCAUCUAUUCAAACUGGGCAAGCAGCCCACAGCCAGGAGCAGCGUGUGGCCACAUUUUAAAAGACUCCAGCUUCCAGUGGAAAGCCACAACCGACUGCAACAUAGAUAUGCGUUAUAUCUGCCAGUUUGAAUCUACGAGAUCCAUCGUGUGUCCAGCCCAUAACAUCAUUUUGCGGUGUGGCUCCGCUCAAAUGUUAAUGAUUGAUGGUGGCUUCUAUGGUCGCCAGAACAUCCAUUACUGUCAGUCCACACUCUCUUCACCAACAAGCUCUACACAACAUCAUUGUGGUUGGUUGGAUGUGGGAGAUUCACUCGCAGCUCACUGCCAUGGUCGUCAGGAUUGCCUGGUUUCUGAGUUUGUGAACUCCUUUGAUGAUCCCUGUCCUCAGCUGGGGAGUUACCUGUCUGUGGAUUACCACUGCAAAGAUGGGCUCACACUGACACCGAGCAGUGUGGCUGCUGUUUUUACUGACAUCACCAUCAGCAUGAAAUGGCUCUUACAUCUGCCAUUGGGAAAACCUGCCUGCAGGCUGAGCACCGGGGAUGGCUAUGUUGUUCAUUUGAACAGAGUCGAGGGGUUGAAGGACAGUGUGGUGCACAAAUAUAUGUAUCCAAGUACAUUCAUUGUGGCAGUUGAAUGCACCAUCGAUGAUGUACUCAUCACAGCCCAGAAAACGAUUACCAUUCUAGAGCCUGUCACAGCCAUCAGUGCCACUCGAUGCUAUGCUGGAACACGGGGUUUUAAUGUGAGCAUGUGCAAAGUCCUGUAUGGAGGAACAUUUCAAAUUCAAAUGGAAGCAAAUGCAGGGUCAAAUGUGAGCUACAGAAUCCAGCAUGAUGACGCUGUGUUUUCCAGUUUAUCUGUGAUCAGAGGAAAUGUUCCUCAUAACGUCACAGUGACUCCAGUGAUGAUGAAGCAGCUCAGUCCCGGCUGCCACCAGCUGGCAAUUUAUGCGUCUAACAUGGUCACAUUCCCUGAAGUGUCCGCAGACCUGCAGGUGUGUGUUGUGGAGAAAGUAGCUGGACUUCAGGCCUCCAUGUUGACAGAGACGGAUGACUGUUUGGACUCUCCAGAUAUUUCUGUUGUUGUUUCUCUUGAGCAGGGAGCACCUGUACUGCUCCUCUUCUCUCUGACUGGAGAUGAUGACACUUUCCAUGAGACGAGAGAAAUGAAUGGAAGAGAGGGAAUUUUUCAUAUCGGAAACCCAAUUCAAGGAACUGUCCAAGUGAAACUCAGAGCAGUGAAUGACUUCUCCUCACAGGAGGUGGAUAUGGAUACAUUGACUCCUUGUGGCAGUGAUACAGUCAUUAAACCUGGAGGAUAUAAUGACAGACGGUUGUGGUUGAACCCUUGGAUGACAGAGAAUCUUGUCAGAGUUGUCAGAUCAUCGUGGGAAAUUGAAGCAAACCCUUCCAAAUCUGUUGACAAAUAUCGAAGUAUCACGCUCUCCGUAGAUAAAGCAACCUCCAGCAACCAGCACUCCAGUAAACGAUACCAGUGGGAAUGCAAAAGUCCCUGCAAGUGUGAAGGAAGGACCAGUGAAGUGACUCACACAAUUACAAAAGAUUGCCUACCUUAUCCAUUUGAGUUUAACAAAUAUCAUUUUAGUUUAAUACAACAUAAUGUUGUGAAAAAGACCGCAUCCAUAUGCAUCACUCUGAUACCUACAUAUGGGAUGUUAAUGAGACUCACCUGUACAAGUGGCUGUGACCCAGUAAUGGAGAACAAAGAUGCAAAAAUUAAAAUAUCAUGUCCUUUAUGUCGACAACUGGUGUGGACCAUCGAGGACCCAAGAGGCCAUGAGAACUGGCCGGCUGAGACAGAGAGCUGCUACAGAGAGUCCAGAAAAAGGCCACCAAUACUGAAGCAGACUGGUGGACAAGAAUACACCGUGAGCUACAGCUAUCUUGCGCUGGCCAAGUCGGCGGGUCUGGAUGUCACUGUGGUUGUGACUAGUUCUUUGUCCCUACUUUCGAGGCCCUAUUAUGCAAAAUACACCAUAAAGACAUCCUCCACCGCAAUUCCCGCUCCUACCACAAACAAUCCAACUACCAUGGUUACGACAGCCAAAGCUGAAGAUACCCCUGCUGCUCCUGCUGCUCCUGCUACUCCUGCUACUUCAGCUACUUCACCACCUACCACCACUAUAAGUGACCCCACCAUUUCUGAUGGCCUCUCAUGUAGCAUUUCACCAUCGCGAGGAACAGUCCUUGAUGCUUUCAAUAUAACCUGCAAGACUGAAGAUCCCUGUUCUUAUUGUGACUAUUGUUUUAAGACGGGAGGUAAAGACCUGCUUUGCAGCAGGAAAAGUGAAGUGAGAUAUGUCUUCCUUCCUCUUGGAGACAGCAGUUCUGACUACAACCUGAUAAUAACAGCAACUGCAAAAAAGGACAGCUUUGUUGUUAGCACCAAUAUAAGAGCAUGGGUGCUGGAUUUGACUGAAGAAACCAUAGAUGAACUGAAAGUGUCAAUGGAAAAGGCUGUGGCUCAGCUAAAGGCACAGGGUCUGCUGUCGGGAGAAACUGUGGGGCAGUUCCUGAUUUCUGUGGCCAAGAACCUGGACAAUCAAUCUGAUGAAUCAAAAAAAGACGACAGGCAACAGCUACGCGAGGACAUGCUGGACAUAUUGAUUGGUGCAGUUGAAGACGUGCCUCCAAACACUCCAGAAGAGAUUCAGGUUUACACUAGAAGUCUCAUUGCUGUCAGUGCGAAGGGCACCGAGCUUACCUCCUCUGCUCAGGAAGAUGCUGCGUUCUUGUGUGUGAGCCUCAGCUCAUCUCUCCUCAACAUGGGCCUGAACAAAAGUGAAGAAAGCAAGAGAGAAAUACGCAGUACAGCCAGUAUCAUCGUGGAAGGAGUCGGCAAUAUCCUGAGCUCUUCUGCUCCUAGUAGAAAUGUCUCUGAAGCCAUUCUCCUUGCCCUGAAAAAUACACAGAGUGCGCUGUUGAUGUUUAUCGAUGUAAAUGAGGGGCCAAUAAUCAUUCGCCAACCAACUAUAGGUGUUUUAGUCAAUAGAAUGACCUUGGGAAGUCUGCAUACAGAAUCUAUACAUUUUCCCAAUUGUUCCUGCCCCAGAUUUACUCUACCAGCACUGCCCUCUAACAUACUUCCCUUAGAAGAACCUGUUGAUGUAAAAAUGUUAGUUUUAGGUGAAAAUCUCUUUGCCUGGAAUAAGGGAGGAAACAUCAGUGGACAAAUAGGUGAUCUAACCCUCACAAGACAAAAUGGCUCCAUUAUUAAUGUGGGGAAUUUAAGUGAGGAUGUUGAGAUUCUGUUGCCAAGGCCUGAUGGAGAGCAAGUGAACACCUUAGUUUUGGACCUGGGAAACUACAGCACCAUGGUCAUUGACAUCCCUUCAACUGACACGACGCUGGUGUUAAAGAUGAAGCCUUCUGAGGAUCCAUUACCCUUCAAGCUGUUCCUCGGUCAUAUGAGCUACCCCUCUGAAGCUAACUAUGCAGCGAUGACAGAGAUGCCUCACCAAGGAACUACACAAGAGCAGAGGUACACUUGGCUUGUAGACCCUACGAGUUUCAAGGGAAAAACUGGAGUCUAUUAUCUUGUUGUGCGGCCCAUUGUAGGUCCUGGUAUAAAAUCUAUUAAUGCCAGUUUAUCAGUCACUUCCAUCUCUGCUGCUUGUCGGUUUUGGGAUGAAUCAUUACUGGAGUGGGGCACUAAUGGAUGCAGGGUUGGUGUUGAGACCACAUCUCGAGUCACCCAGUGCCUGUGCAACCACCUGACCUUCUUUGGGAGCUCCUUCUUUGUGACUCCCAACCUUGUUGACCCAUCACGCACUGCUGAGCUGUUCAGCACCUUUGCUGAGAAUCCUGUGGUUGUGUGCUUUGUCGGCGCACUUUUUGUGGCUUAUCUUGUUGUGGUUGUGUGGGCUCGAAGAAAAGACAUUCAAGAUGCACUCAAGGUGAAGGUGACAGUUCUGAAGGACAACAACCCCAUGGAUGAGUACACUUACCUAUUGAAUGUUUGCACUGGGCAUCGGAGAGGAGCUUCCACCUCCUCUCAGGUUACGUUAACUUUGGUGGGUGCUGACGGCAACAGCGAACCGCACCACCUGACAGAUCCAAAGAAAAGGGUGUUUGAGAGAGGUGCACUGGAUGUGUUCCUGCUAACCACACCCUUCUCGCUGGGAGAACUGCAAGGCAUCAGGCUGUGGCACAACAAUCUGGGGAGCCAUCCUGCUUGGUUUGUAGGAAAUGUCAUGGUGCAGGAUAUACAGACAAACCAGAAAUGGUAUUUUCUGUGCAACUCGUGGCUGGCCAUUGACUUGGGUGAUUGUUCCCUGGAUAAAGUUUUUCCUGUGUCGACAGAGGAAGAGCUGAAGACGUUCGGUAAUUUGUUCUUUAUGAAGACGGCAAAGGAUUUAAGUGAUGGACACCUCUGGUUUUCUGUGCUCAACCGACCACCGAGCAGCGCCUUCACUUGUGUACAGAGAGUGUCUUGCUGUUUCUCCCUACUUCUCUGCACAAUGCUGACCAGCCUCAUGUUUUAUGGCAUACCGACAGACCCAUCAGAGCAAACCAUGGACCUUGGUUCCUUUGAGUUUACCUGGCAACAGUUCAUGAUCGGAGUUCAGAGCUCACUCAUCAUGUUUCCAGUCAAUUUCCUCAUUGUCAGCAUCUUCAGAAACACUCGUCCUCGGGAGACGCCUUGCUGCAAGAGCAAACCAGGAAAAACAAACGGCGGGAAGCAGAGGAGAACUUUGCAGACUCCUUCCUCACAGACUGCUCAUACUGACAUAAAUGUCAAUGUCACUUUAGAUAGCAUCACCAAGGAUAUUUCAAGAAUUGCUCUAUCACUGUCAAAGUUUGUGAAAAGCAACACUGCACGCACAGAGUCUGAGUUUGGGCUGGAGCGACAACUUGAUAUCAAUGCAGCUCUUUCUGUGGUGGAGGAUUUUGUGAGAGGGAACGGUGAUAGCAGUGGCUUUCACAAUCUUGCUCAGUCUCAGCUACCAGAAACAGGUGCUGGUGUGCAUCCCGGGUCAGAUGUGGAGGUCAUUCAGAAGAGCCACAAAACUCAGUAUCUGCACAGGCAGCUGUGCCACAUCCACAAAGAGCUAAGCCUGCUGGGAUCCUCCAGCUUUUCCACCACUGACAGCUACAGCCAGGCUCUGCAGCAAGUCCAGGGCAUCAAGGCCAUCCUUGAAGAGCAGCUCCUCCCAACCAGUGUCGUCAACAGCGAUGAAAUCACACAAAAAAAGUUGGGUUCUGCAGACAACACGGACGACGAGGAUGAACAGAGGAAAAGGAGGUGCUGUCAUGGAGGGCUUCCCUGGUGGUUUGUUUUUGUUGGCUGGCUCAUCGUGGCGGGUACCAGUUUUGUAGCAGCAUAUUUUACAAUGCUUUACGGUUUGAAAUUUGGGAAGGAGCGGUCCAUUAGCUGGUUGGUGUCCAUGGUGGUGUCCUUUUUCCAGAGUAUCCUCAUCAUUCAGCCUUUAAAGGUGCUAUGUUUUGCUGUGUUCUUUGCACUUGUAGUAAAGAAAAUUGAUGAAGAUUUUGAAAAGGUGCCAUUUAAUGACUCAAAUGAAGGUAAUGGUGAGGACCAACAAAGAGUCGGACAGGAUCAGACUCUGUAUGAGCCGCCACCUCCUGCAGACAUUGAAAGGAUGAAAAGGAACAAGAUUAUAGAGCAGAAAGCCUUGGCCCUCCUCAGAGAGAUUUUCAUCUAUAUAGGUUUCAUGUGGAUGUUGCUGCUUGUGGCGUACGGACAGAGAGAUCCCAACGCAUUUCUCCUGAAUCAGCAUAUCCGGAAAAGCUUUAGCGGCCGCGUCUCACACAGCAUGAGUAUCGGGGACGUGUUCACUUGGGCCAACACAUCUCUACUCGAUAACCUCUUUGGAAUUUAUCCAGGAUUUAUCACAGAUGGAAAGUCCAAACUGGUAGGAAACGCUCGUCUUCGCCAGCUGAGAGUGCAGAAGAAUUCCUGUCAGUUUCCAGGCCUCAUGCUGCAGCUUGUGCCGGACUGUCAUGCUCUGUAUUCAUGGGAGGUGGAGGACAUGGGCUCCUAUGACCAGGGCUGGCACCAGUCUCUGAGCGAUAAUUCUUCCGUUAGCACCCCCAGUCCUUGGAUGUACCAGACACGAGCUCAGCUCAGGGCUUCUCCCGUGUGGGGCAAGAUGCUGCUCUACAGGGGAGGCGGCUUUGUAGCGGAGCUCGGCCCGGAUUUAAAAAAUGCCAGCAGGACACUUGAGUAUCUGUUCAGAAACAAAUGGCUGGAUAUGUACACGAGGGCAUUGUUUGUCGAGUUCACCGUUUAUAACGCUAAUGUGAAUCUGUUCUGCAUCGUCACACUCCUGUUUGAGACCACAGCUGUAGGAGCAUUUCAGUUCCACAGCGAGCUGCGGAGUGUCCGUCUCUACCAGUCAACUGGGAAUCUUCACUUCUUCGUCAUGGCUGCUGAAAUCAUAUAUCUGCUUUUCAUCAUCUAUUACAUGUUCAUGCAGGGCAAACUGCUGAAGCAGCAGCGGUGGGCUUACUUUACAAGUAAGCGGAACCUCCUGGAAUUGUCCAUCAUCGUAUUGACCUGGAGUGCUGUGGCUGUUUUCAUCAGGAGAACCCUGCUCGGCAACCGUGAUAUGACGUACUACCAAAACCACAAAGACCAAUUUGCCAGCUUCUAUGAGACGGCGAGCACGGACUCAGUGUUUCAGUAUCUGAUCGCCUUCUUGGUUCUGCUUGCCACUGUCAAACUGUGGCACCUGCUCAGACUCAACCCCAAGAUGAACAUUAUCUCAGCCACACUGCAGCGAGCCUGGAGUGACAUAUCGGGCUUUAUUGUGAUUAUUGUGAUUAUGCUCAUAGCAUACUCCAUUGCAUGCAACGUGAUUUAUGGCUGGAAGCUGUCCUCUUAUAGAACUUUGUCUGAUGCCCUUCUUACAAUCAUCAGCUUGCAGAUUGGCAUCUUCAACUACGAAGAGGUCUUUGACUAUAACCCCGUGCUUACUGGAUUGCUUAUUGGCUCCUGCAUCAUGCUCAUGACAUUUGUGAUGCUCAAUCUCCUCGUUUCAGGCAUCCUUGUGGCAUUCAACCAGGAGCAGUUGGAGCAUAAGCCCUCAGAGGAGAAGGAGAUUGUUGACCUGAUGCUGAAGAAAGUCCAUAGUUUUUUUGGACUCAAAUAUGAAGACACAAAGAUGACUGGCAGCAGGGACUUGAAUCCCGAGGAGAAGCUUUAAUGCGGUGGUUUGGAAUAUUUAGAGGGUACGAACAUCCACAUGCUCAUGUGCAAUUUGUAAUUUUUUAAUCUUCGCUUGCUCUGCUACUUCGUAAGUGUGCUAUGGUAGAUAAUGACUACUGUACAGAUUUGCACUGCUCUUUAUUCAUGCGAUUAUGCAUGUCAGAUCUCCGCCCGGCUCAUCGUCUCUCACAGUAGAGAUCUAGCGCUUGUAAGAAAUUCAGAAAAAAAAUGAACCGGGUUAAAACGUAAUCAUGCAUACAAAUGUACUCUAUUAUAAGCUUCAAAAUUACAAAAAAAUAACACAAAAACACAGAUUAGUCUCCAAUUGUGAAAUGUAUCCACACUGUGUAUGAUACCAGGAAAAACAAGAGGUCAAGAGCUUUCAUUUAAUGAGAACUGAAUCUUUAUUAUUGUUAUUAUUAUUAAUAAUAAUAACAAUAAUAAUAAUAAUGAUGCCUUUAAUUUAUUGCCUUCUCCAGCCUCAGAGGGAUAAGGUAAUUUUGAAAAGGUGUGUCAUGAAUCUGGAUUUAAAUGUGUGAAGGGAGUCAAUGUUGCAGAUGUGUAGGAGAGAAUGCCAGAGCUGGCUGAAAGCCCUGGACCCCAUGGUAACAAGGCGGGCAGAGGGUGCAGUGAGUUGGAGGGCAGCAGCUGAUGAUGAAGGAGGUCAGAAAGGUAGGAGGGGGAAAGAUUGUGAGAUUGAGCUUUGAAGGCAAGAAGGAAGACCUUGCACUGUAUUCGUUAUGUGACGGGGAGCCACUGAUGAUGCAGGCAUCCAAUCUACAGCUGAAUGCUGCUAAUGGGAUUAAAAAGGAAAAGUGGCUUUAUCUGUUGUUUUAACAGUAUCCACUCAUUUUAGGGAUUUGCUCUCACUCAGCUGUGUGCAGGAGGUCUACAGCAGUCGGAGCAGUAAACUCAAUCAUACCGUGCUGUAUGGAGUGCACGGAUGGAUUGGGGUGAGUGAAGUCAUGGCUUGUGUAAAUUAUUCACAAAAAUCUGUCUUAAUAGACCUGGCUCUGUAUAAUGGGGAGUUAUGAAAAAGAAAAAACCACCAAUACAAUGAAAGAUCCAGCAAUUACAGCGGUUACAAGAAGACAAUUAUUUGUUUGACAUGAGAAAAGAUGAGCAGUGCAGCGCCAUCAUUCCUCUUGUUCUUCCACAAAGUGUACUAUAAAUGGCCAUCGAAGUAAAGUUUCACAAUCCUGCGAGAUACAUUAAUUUGUGGUUAUAAUGUUUGGAUCAAAAACUCAUAGAAACAGUCAAAGAAGAAAGUUUACUUCUUGGACUUUGUUUUAUUUAAUUAUGAUUUAAUCAUAAAUGAUGACUACUGUAGAUUUUGUUGAACACUUUUAAUCUACGCAGGCAGGCAGUUUGUGCCAUGUCUCGUAUGUUGUGUAGAGGUCCAGACGCGACGUCACCAAGUUCAACUCAUACAUUUUUAAGUGUUAAGACUUCACUGUGCACUUCCUGCCUAAAAUAUAAUGCGAUCAUUUUACAAGAGGGAAUCCGUUGCCUGUGAGUCCUCAUCGCUUUGAGUGUGUUUUGUAGAAGUGAUCAAACUCUGCCAAUCCAGUAAUAUGCUCUCCCAUUAGUCUGUCCAUCCUGGUACACAUUUAUCCACCAUUGUAAACUGUUGCCUAACAUAUUGCCUCUUAUACAUGCUGCUGGUUACAUGAGUAAACAACAAAAUUGGCGUUUCUCUGGUUGUAAAAAAGUCUUUUUGUACCAACUUUUCAUUUAGUGCUUGUUUGAGUAUGGGUUGUUAUGUUGUGUCUUCUGCUAGCCUCGGUACCGAGAUAAUAAGCCGCAGUUGGCACGGAUUGACAGCAGCGCUAUCCAGAAGAGUUUCAUUUGCCACUAGGGACUAACAAAAAAAAUUAUACAAGACUAAUCCAAGACAGACGCGAUGCUAUUAUGUCUGGCAUUUCAAUAGCACAUGCUUUACCAAAGCCACAGGGAAAGUAGUGGUGACAAUACCACAGUGACUUUAUUUACACGCAGGGAUGGAAGUGAUUAAGACGGAAACAGUAGAUGGAUGGAGCUACCAGAUGAUGCCACUGAUAUCAUGUGCACACAAAUCCAUAGAAAGCAAACUGAGAAGUUGCCAAAAACAAUUUAUUUUUACGCAUUCCAUGACUUGCAUAAUUCAUGUCAUUGGAUCAUUUGUGUUUACAUGUGCAAGUGACACAAGAAAACACACAACAUGGCAAACAACUACUCGCCCCAGGCUAAAACAGUUCUUGCCAUGUUGUCCGUUUUACACACUUCCUGUUAAACUCCCCCUUGUCUCCCCCCAGUCUCACUUGCUGAAGAGAGUGCUUCGUAUACAAAGUCAUUACACAGAAUACUGCAUGGCGUUCAUUUUAAGAAGCUGAGCAAC